CGGCUUCUUUAGCAAUUAAAUUUCCACCCAUUUUCAGUUUCUUUCUUCAAUCUCUCUCUAUAUAUUUCAUUUUCUUUACGAAUUCGCCCACAAUCUUUACACAGAUGCACCAGUUUUGCAAUGGCGGGUGCUGCUAAAUCUUCACUCCAGCACCAACACUCUGCGUCCUUCGUUUCGCGUCUCUUAAUACUCCUAACUCUUCUUCCUUUAACUCUCGCGCUCUUCGCUUUUCUUCUGCAAUGGCGUGGCGGGCUGACCGACCCGGUUACUCGCUGGUCGCCCGACCACCAUCAGUUCCCUGGUAUGGAUAAUCCUAGUGUGUCUUCUUCUUCUUCUUUGCGUGGCUCCUCGAAUGGUGGACAUUCUUCGGGUUGUUCCGAUCUUUUGGGUCGGAGCCGUUCCGCUUCGUUCCCCUAUUACAAGAACUGGAAUUUUGAUUUUUCGUCGGAUCUUAAACCUAAGAUAUGUAUAACUACAAGCACAUCUGCAGGCUUAGAACAGACAUUACCAUGGAUAUUUUAUCAUAAGGUUAUUGGUGUUUCUACUUUUUUUCUUUUUGUUGAAGGCAAGGCUGCCACUCCUGAGAUCUCCAGAGUUCUCCUAACAAUUCCUGGUGUUAAAGUUAUAUACAGGACGAGAGAAUUAGAAGAACAACAAGCUAGAAGCCGGAUCUGGAAUGAGACUUGGCUUGCAAGUUUCUUUUACAAACCAUGUAAUUAUGAGCUUUUUGUGAAGCAAUCCCUCAACAUGGAAAUGGCUAUUGUUAUGGCAAGGGAGGCUGGUAUGGACUGGAUAUUUCAUCUUGAUACUGAUGAACUUAUACACCCUGCCGGAGCUCGUGAAUAUUCUUUGCGACAAUUACUUUUAGAUGUUCCUGGAAAUGUUGAUAUGGUUAUCUUUCCAAAUUAUGAGAGCAGUGUUGAACGAGAUGACAUCAAGGAGCCUUUUAGCGAGGUCUCAAUGUUCAAGAAUAACUUUGACCAUCUUCCAAAAGAUGUAUACUUUGGAAACUACAGAGAAGCAACUCGUGGUAAUCCAAACUACUUUUUGACAUAUGGAAAUGGAAAAUCUGCUGCUCGAAUUCAAGAUCAUCUACGUCCUAACGGCGCACAUAGAUGGCAUAACUAUAUGAAGACUCCAAAUGAAAUUAAAUUGGAUGAAGCUGCUGUUCUUCAUUACACAUACACCAAGUUUUCUGACUUGACUUCCAGACGUGAUCGAUGUGGAUGCAAGCCAACAAAGGAUGAUGUCAAAAGAUGCUUUAUGUUAGAAUUCGACAGAGCUGCAUUCAUAAUUGCUUCAACUGCAACAGAGGAUGAAAUGCUCCGAUGGUACCAGGAACGUGUUGUGUGGACCGACAAAGAACUGAACCUCAAACUCAUGAGAAAGGGCAUCUUGAAUCGCAUUUAUGCUCCCAUGGUCAUUGUCCAAGGGCUAAGAGAAGCUGGCGUGUUUAGCAAUGUUAUAGCGAUGGCACAGGCGAACCUAACAUCGCCUGAGAAUAACAACUCUUCUGAAACAGCUAAAUCAGGAGUGAUGAUAUCUUCAAGAAAGAUUGGUCAAAAAGAAGAAUUUCAGGCAACUGCCAGAAGGGUCUUGCAGGUUGGCGAUGACGAGAUUUCUCUUCCAUCAGCUGUGCCACCACAAUCUCCUCCUGGUCAGGUAGUGAUACAGUGACACUAAAUCCACAGAAGCCCCGACCUCCUUGGUAUGGUUCCUUGCAACUGAGUUGACAGAAAUACUGGUGACGGCAGAGAUCCUUGAAGCGGCUUAGGCUGUUGGUGGUGGGGCAUUUUAGUGUUCAGUUUCGUUGGGAUCUUCCCGAUCAUUACCCAAGCGCUGCUGUACAGUUGAAGUAGAUAAUAGAUUCUAUAAAACGAGAGGCGUAGAGCGGGAUUCUGAUUACGUGUUCAUGAAAUUUUGUCUUGGUAGUUUAGAAAUCCUGCCAUUGUAAUGGUUGUUUCACACACUUUAAGAGGGGAAAUGCGAUAUUAUCAUUCCCAGCUAUGGUUAUCAAAUUCUGCUUACAUCAUAUAUCUUUGUUUUUUAAAAAUUGGUUCUUCAUGUUCCAGGCUUUUCUCA